ACUCUUCAUUUUAGCUCGCUCUCUCUCUCUCUCUCUCUCUCUCUCCUCCCCCCCUUCUUUUCUUUGUUCUGCUUCUUCGAUCUGAAACUCCCGUCGCUUUCAACUCUCUCAGAUCUCUCUCUGAGCCUUCGUCGCGAUCUUCACAAACUAGAGAGGUUCGAUCGCGUAUGCAUUCCGUUCUCCUCAAAGAACUUUAAAUAAUUUCUCGGAUUUCCUCUCUCUCUCUAGGGUUUCUUCGAAUCCCCAGGAGCCUUCUUCGUCUCAGGCUGAAUCAAAUUGCUUGAAUGAUUUUGCGACGGCAGGUGGACUAUGACAUCGAGUAUGUUGAGCGGAGAGAGAAGGUGGGCUUCUUCUUCUACCAGAAGAGGUGGCAUGACAGUUUUAGGGAAAGUUGCUGUUCCAAAACCCAUAAACUUACCAAGUCAAAGGUUAGAAAAUCAUGGCCUGGACCCAAGUGUGGAAAUUGUUCCCAAGGGUACCCAUAGCUGGGGCAGUAGAUCAUCUUCUUCCACAUCAAAUGCAUGGGGUUCUUCAACACUAUCUCCGCGAACUGAUGGUGGUAGUGGUUCACCAAGUCUUCUCAGUGGCCGUCCUUCAUCUGGUGGUAGUGGCACAAGGCCAUCAACUGCCAGUAGUGAUAGAGCUCAUGAACCUAGUGUUAACAACGCAUGGGGACAAAACUCUAGACCAUCAUCAGCUUCUGGCACAUUGACAUCUAAUCAGACAUCACUGACAUCGUUGCGUCCUCGCAGUGCAGACAAUAGACCAGGUAGCUCACAGUUAUCCCGGUUUGCUGAACCAUUGCCUGAAAAUCCAGGUGCAUGGGGUGCUGUUGGGACUUCAGAGAGACUGGGGGUAUCGGCACCCAAGAAUGAUGGUUUUUCUCUAACUUCUGGAGAUUUUCCAACACUGGGUUCGGAGAAAGAUAAUUCUGGCAAGAGUACUGAGUCACAAGACCGCGGUUCUCAUAGUCGACCUAGCUCAUCUUCUGGUGGAGUUGCACCGCUGAAAGAGAGGAGUGGGACUUCUAUAGCUGGUGAUGUUUCUAUGAAUGCAGAUGCGAAAAGUGGUAUUGUGAAUUCUUGGAGACAAGAUAACCCUCCAUACAGUAAAGAUGUAGGCACGUCUAGUGUGGAGAAGUGGCAGGCUGAUCCACAACCAUACCCCAAUGCUAAUAAUAUUCCUCAUCAUUUUGAAGCUUGGCACGGUCCUCCAGUAACUAACCCUCCCAGUGGUGUUUGGUUCAGAGGACCUCCGGGCGGUCCUCCAUAUGGACCUCCUGUUGGUCCUGGUGGUUUUCCCAUCGAACCAUUUCCUUAUUAUCAUCCUCAAAUGCCGCCUACUGCUCUUGCCAGUCCACAGCCAGGUCCCCCAACAGGAGGCGGACCAAGGGGACACCAUCCAAAAAAUGGAGAUUUGUACAGACCACAUAUACCGGAUUCCUACAUUCGGCCAGGUAUGCCAAUUAGGCCUGGAUUUUACCCUGGUCCUGUGGCAUACGAGGGCUAUUAUGGUGGUCCAAUGGGAUACUGCAAUUCAAAUGAACGGGAUGUUCCGUUUAUGGGAAUGGUUGCUGGCCCCUCUCUAUAUAACAGGUUCUCGACCCAAAAUUCCCCUGAGCCUAACAAUUCACUUGGAAGAUCUGGUGGAUAUGGUUCUACUGGCAAAACGAUGGUUCCGGAACACGUGGAGUCUGGUCAUCCUCAUAAUACUCGAGGACCAUACAAAGUUCUUCUGAAGCAGCAGAAUGAUUGGGAUGGAAAGAUUGAAGAGAAAAAGUGGGAGGGAACAAUAGCGACCAAUGCUGCAUAUGUUGAGAAGGGGAACCAACCAGGAAUGUCUUCAUGGGAGAAUGACUGGAGGUCAGAUUACGGAAAUGAUGAGGGAAUGGGUUUAAGGGGGACAGCGCCAAGUCAAGAAAUCUCUAGUCAGACUUAUGACAACCAACGGUCUUCUUCUGUACCUGUUAAAGCUAAGUCUCCUGAAAGUGUGGGAAAUACAAAAGCAAUUGAUGAUAUUUCAGCAAGGAAUUUGGAAUCUGCCUCCACUGUUUUACCAGAAGUUACAGGUUCUGUUUCAUCUGUUCCAAAUGAAUCCACUCUUAUUAAGAAAAUUGAGGGAUUAAAUGCAAAAGCCCGGGCUUCUGAUAAACAACAUAAUAUUACAUCCGUUCCCAGUUGGGAGGAGCAAAAUAAUAUAUCGCAGGUUCAUAAUGCCAAGGCUAACCAUUCUGCAGAUGAAGGUGGUAGGGGUUUUGUGUAUACUGAAAUAAUCCAUGCCUCUGAAAUUACAAAUCCUGCUUCCCGUGAAAUGGGUGUUUCUGUUGGAGAUAAGAGCCUUGAAUCUACUGCUGCCAGUCGAACAACAAUCUCCAGGAAAUCUAUACAUGACAUGCAAGGCAGAGGUGGUAAUCGUGGUCAGAGAGGGCACAAUAGCCAAGAGGUUGAUGGUUGGCAGAAAAAAUCUCGAGUAAUAGACUCUCCAAGUCUUGUAUCAGCUUCACGGUUCGAGACUAAUUCUAAUGUCGUCCAUGUUCAUGAACACCAUACAUCUGUUGAGGCUUCUGAAAAGUCUGCAUCACAUCCUCGAGCAAAAGACGAUAGAGAAUCCACUCCUGUGUCUGAUCCGAGUGAUUACCAGUCACAGCGUCCUAAGUUGAGAGAGCUUGAGCAACGGGCCAAACAACUAAGGGAGGAGGAGGAAGAACGGACAAGAAAGCAAAUGGCCAAGGCUCAUGCAAAACUGGAAGAGUUGGAUAGGCGUAAACAUUCAAUGGAAGGUCCAACUCAGAAUGCAGAAAAUGCUUCAAGUGAUGCCAUUGAUAACAAGCAAGAAUUGAAUGCCGUUCCUCCAACUGGUGAGGGCAGUGCCAGUAGAGUUGAACAAUUCCCUGUUUUGUCCUGUGAGCUACCUCAAGAGAAACCUAAGAGUGUCAACAAGGGAUCCAUAGUACACAAUCAAUCUGUGUCAUUGCAUCCGAAUGCUGAUAGUGCUGAUGUUGCUUACGGUAAUAAUGAUUCCCAUGUUCACGAUGGUAAUGCCUCAAAGCAGAAGCGUAUGGGCUACAAACAAAAGCAGAAUCUUGAAAAGAACUCUAAUGUGAAGUUAAUUUCCCCUGGCACUAAUGAGGCAUUGAAACACCAUACUGAUGCAGUGGGUAAGGUCACAGUCUCAGUUGGUAGGGUUGCCAAUGAAACCACCUUGACCUGCAAAUCAAGCUUGCCUGUGAACUCAAAUUCAGUGGCUGAGUCCUCGAGCUUGACUUUGAAUGCAACUGCAGUGGUUGAGUCCUCCUUACCUCACAUAAAAAAGAAUAACAGGAGUGGCAAGAACAAACACAAAGUCAAGGCAGCAUCAUCUAUGCCUACUUUACCAUCAUCAGAAUCAAAAGAAACAAAUCUUGUGAAUGCUUCUCCUGAAUGUGGUAAGCCAAAUGCUUCUGAUACUAAAUUGGAUCCUAACUUGGUUCAGUCAGUAACCAUGUCCAAAGAUGAAAAUCUAUUAUUGGAGCAAUGUUCAUCUUUACCAACGGACGAUUCUCAUGGUAGAGUGAAUAAUAGCCAGUUGAAAUCUCAGCAUUCUCGGUGGACGUCAAGAAACCCACAAGUUAAUAGAUCAGCAGAGAAAUUUCAUGGUGAUGUUAUUUGGGCACCAGUGGCGUCACAUAAUAAAGCUGAUGCUGAUGAAGCCAGUCAGAAAAAUGUAGUUGAAGUGAUUUCUCCAUCCAUGAAGCGUGAUCAUCAAGUACAGAGUAACCCCAAAUAUAAGAGGGCUGAAAUUGAGCGAUAUGUACCAAAGCCUGCAGCAAAAGAAAUGGCUCAGCAAGGAAGCAUUCAACAACUGGUGGCAUCCUCAAUAAAUCAGACUACAUCAGAUGAGAGAGUUGGGAGAGCAGAUUAUAGCUCUCCAGGCACUGAAAGUAGUCAACCCGCUGGCUCAGCUAGUGUAAAAGUGGGGCUUGGCUUGGACUCCCGAAAUGGGGAUGGUAGGCAGAACAAGCAGCAGGGAAAAUCUCAUGGGUCGUGGAGGCAACGUGGUUCAGCAGAGUUCAGUGUGCAGAGUACACAAGAUGGGCCUUCUUCAUACCCUAGUCGGAAUGUUCAAAAAUCUGUUGAACAUUACCAAAGUCAGCUGCCGGAUGUAGAUUCAGUGGAAGAACAACAAAAGUAUUCCGAUGAAAAGAGUGCUCCUGAUGGAUGGAACAUUCCUGACAAUUCUGAGUCAGUUGCACCAGUUGCAGUUACUGUCAUAAAAGAUCAGAGAGUGGGAGGCAGAGGAAAACGACAUCCAUUCAAGGGACAGAAAGGCAUGGGGAAUAAUAAUGAUCUCGAUCAGAAGAAAAUUAGCAGUGGAGAAACCAGCAAAAUUGAUACCCAAUCUUCCUCCAUAGAAAUGAGUCAAACACACUUGCCUACUACAACAGAAAAUCGAGGUAUUGGGGAACGUACAACAGCUCAUUGGCAACUCAAAUCUCAGGCAUUUGCUGCUAAUUAUCAACAGGGAAGCAGAACCAGUAGCGGCCGAAGCGUAGGUGCUGGAGUUGUCUGGACGAACAAAAAGGAGUCUACUCGUCAGGGUGCAGUACCACAAACACACCUUCAUGACAACAGAACCGGUGGUUUGUCACAGCCUCACCGUGAUCAUGAUCAAUCUCCCUCUGAAAAAGUCGAUGUGGAAGAACCAUUGGAUGUAGGGCAUCAAGAGGCUAAAAGAGGGAGAAGGGUAGAUUCCUUGAGGGGACGACCCCACUCCCCGAAUGAAAUUCUUGUUAGCCCAGCCGAACAAGCCCCUGAAACUCUGGAUGUUAGUAGACACGAGCAACGGUCAUCAUUGGGGUACCGCAAGAGUGGACACCAUAAUAAUAACCAUCUUGGCAGGGGGCAUGAAACUCGUGGAGAUUGGAACUCAUCCGGGCAAGAUAGCAGACAUCAUAACCCACCAGUAAACUGGGAGAGGCAGAGGCAGAGGCAGACUUCACAUUACGAGUACCAGCCAGUCGCCCCCUACGACAAUAACAAAUCAAACAGUGCUGAGGGACCUAAAGAUGUAGCACAUAAUAUAGGUCCAAGGUUUAAGGAAAGGAGUCAGAAUCACUCGAGGCGUGGUGGUGGGGGAAACUCUUAUGGACGGCAAGGUGGCAACGAUCGAGGAGUAGAUGCGGAAUAUCAGUAGUUGGAUUAGAAAUUCUUCAGAGACGUUGAUUGAGCAACUAUGGGUGAUGCUAAGCCAAAAUAUUCUUUAGUUUGAUGGGGGAGAACUUCUAUGUGGUUAAUUUCUUUUAUUUUUUUUAAAAAAAUGUAUCUGAUCUACCCAUUGUAACCUGGUCACAGCUGGUUUGCUGUGGAACCCUUUGAUAUGUUUCUUUUAAGCCUUGUAUUAUCCCUUUAUUUUUAAUGGAACAGAACAGCAGAGAGAAAAUGAAGUGAAGUUUUCUGCUUCCUCGUUGUAUCUCUAUUUCUGGUU